GAGAAAGCGAGAGAAAGUCAUGUAUGAAUUAUAUGCUAAAGCGCGAGAUUUCAAACCGGACCCGGUAUACACCGACCAACAUUGUUUGUAUUUUACUUUCUCCAAUGGGCUUCCCCUGACUGAAACCCAGAUUAAAAACUUUUUCAACAGGGAUUACUCACCGUAUGUUGCGGAUGUGUUUGUGUUCCGACGUAAGGGAGGAAGGGGGCAACCGUUGUUUGGUAAAGUGGUAUUCAAGAAUACGGACUCACCAGACAAGAUCAUGCAAAACCGUGGAAAGGCCUUCUUCUAUGUGGAGGGGCGUCCGCUUUGGUGCCGAAGGUGGGUUUCUAAGAAGAAGGAAACAACAGCCUCCGCCAGUGACAGCCUCCGUGAUGGUGGAAGCCACCACGGUGGUGACUAGUGAACUGCGCGUUAACGAACUUGGUGAAGGGUGUGGAUUAAAUCUCUUUGUAUCGAGAGUUUUAUCUGUGAACCGAGUUCUGAAGAAUCUAUGUUUCUGGAAAGACAUGUUGUUUUCAAUUAUGGAAUAAGGAAACUGUAAAACUUAGUUCAGACAUGUUUUUUAAGAUUUAUUGAUAAACUGUUUUGAAU